AUGGGCCUGAAAUGCAAUUCAUCCACCAGCCAGCCUUUCCGUUCUGAGAUGAAUCGUGUCAUUUCGCACUAUCUCCAUCCUGGCUCGAGCAGAGAGCUCAAUCUCUCAAGUAGGGACCGCGCCGCCGUUCUUCAUGCCCUAGAACACACUACUCACCCCUCUGCGCUCACCCUCGUCAGAGACAUGGUCGAAGCUAGCUUGCGCGGUCAAUCUCACCCGAAUUUCAUCCGCUGGGCUAUCUGUAACGGCAACAAGCCACGCGUGCUCUUCGUCCGGAACUCAGGUAUCGCGCAUAUCGUCGCGGCUCUCAUUCUCGGUCUUCUGCUCAUUUUAAGCCACGCGUCAAGAUGGUGGAGGUUCUUCGUCUUUCCACUCUUUUUCGUUGGCUUCGAUAUCGGUGUCGCGGCUUACAAGGGUCUUUGCGUCAUCAUCCACACAAGCCAUCGCCGAGCUCUGCGCCCAUGGGAGCAAUUCAGCGAGGACGUCUCCCUUACCAGCUUCGAUAGCGGCCCUGAAGAGGAAGCUAAUCUAUCUACCGACGACAUGUUCAGCAUGGUCUCCCGCUCCAGAAAUGGUGUUUCACUCGACACUUUCGGGACAUCUAACAGCUACAGCCAUGAGUUGUGGGUCGAGAAAUACAGACAGAAGCAUCUGUUCCGGAAGAUUUUCACCAAGAGCAUCUGGGUGCAAGAACAGGCGGUGAGGUUGUUACAGGACAAGAUUGUGAAGCAGAGUCAUGCUUGGGCUCUGAUCAUCAGUGUCUUGUUGACGGCCUUGGUGGUGGCACUACCGCAGGCCAAUGUUAUCUAG